AUGGCGGAGACUGUUGCUAGCAAGGCAGGAGAAGACAAGCCGAAGGCGGCUUCUUCUCCUGCAGUCAAGGCUAAAGUUCCUGCUUCCAAAGUUGCUAAGCCAAAAGCUGUGAAGUCGAAGUCUCCGAAGCCUGCCGGUGCCAAGCCAAGAGCUGCCAGGGCUAAUCAUCCGAAGUACAUUGAGAUGGUGAAGGAAGCUAUUGUGGCCUUGAAGGAAAGAACUGGUUCAAGUGUGCCUGCCAUUGCCAAGUAUAUCGCUCAAAAGCACCCAGACCUUCCUGCCAACUGGAAGAAGACCUUGGCCAUUCAACUGAAGAACUUGACCAAGGCUGGCAAACUUGUGAAGGUGAAGGCUAGUUUCAAGCUUGGAGGUGAAUUGAAGCAAGCGAAGCCUGUUCGUGCUCCAGCGAAGAAGACCCCCACGACAGUGAAGAAGGUGGCGAAGCCUAAAGCUGCGUCGAAGCCACGACCCAAAGCUGUUCCGAAGGCUGUCAAGUCCGCGAAGCCAUCGACUCCGAAGAAGGUUGCGACGCCUGCUAAGUCCCCCGCGAAGAAGCCUUUGCGCGCAGCCCCGAAGGUUAGGAAGGUGACGGACAAGAAGCCAGCGGUUAAGAAGGUGACACCCAAGGCAAAGGCUCCAUCGCCAAAGAAGGUCAAGACAGCUGCUCGGGCUUCUCCUAGGAAGCCACCUGCCAAGAAGGCCAAGACAGCUGCUAAGAAGUGA